CGGUUUAUGCAUUUAUGCAAAGGGUCAAGUUCAAUUUCAGUGUCUCUGUAUUCUCAAUCUGUAACACCUCUUCCCAAACCUUCUAUCACCGGAAAAAAAAUAAAAAUCAGAUCCGUGAAUGGAGAAUGACGAGAAACAAGCAAUGGUACGGGACAUCGUGUUACAAGUUGUUUUGAUCCUUCUUAUGGUGUUGAUGUUCCUCGCCAUGCACGGGAUUCCCCAGAGGCUGUUAGCCAAGCUCCGCUUCACAAACCGACGCGGAAUCGAAGCGAAACGACACUUCGUCAAAGGCGCUCAGCUCCUCGCCCAAGCCAGAUCCCCCAAGAACCGAUCCAGCUCCAAAUCGCUGGCGAAUGAGGCUCUAGCCGAAGCCGAGAAAGCCAUAGCGCUUGAUCCCAAAGACGCAGCAUCUUACCUUCUCAAAGCCAUGGUUCUCGAUCUCCAAGGGUUCCGAACUUCGGCUCUCGACUCGCUCGACGCGGCUCUGUCUCCGCUCGCCGCCGCCUCCCUCGGCGACGGCGAGAGAGGUGAUGCGCUUCUGAAGAGAGCGGAGUUGAAAAUAGCGGUGAGUCAACGCGGCCGAGUUGACUCGGCCCAAUCCGAUUUGACUGAGUCGGUGAAGCUGAGUCCGAAAAACGCGAAAGCUUGGUGUCUGUUAGGUGAGUGCUACGAGAAGAACAAGAUGGAAGAGGAAGCCAGGAAGGCUUACAAGGAGGCUCUCGAGUUGGAGCCACAAUUGUCUGUGGCUCAAGAAGCACUCAACAGGUUCGGUUCAUCAUAGCCAUAGCCAUCAAAAGUUAAUGAGUUUUGAGAUGUGAUCGCUUUGUAAACUUUGGUUUUUGGAAAAUCUUGAUUAUGCAAAGGAUGUUUAAUUAGUAAUAUUAUUGUUAAGAUGAUGCAAUAGUUGCAUAUUAAGAAUGAGCAGCAAUGAAUGAUUUUGGCGAAAUUAUUCUGAUGCAGAAUCCUUGAAUAAAACACUUGU